CUACCACGCGCCCAACCAACCACGUCCUGCCUCCGCCGGUCCUGCAUGGCACCUUGACAUUCCCGAGACCAAGUGGACGUUGACGACCCCGGCGCGCUGUCCCUAGGCGGCGCCGCCGCAGCCGCAGCCGCAGCCGGAGCCAGAACGAACCUCCAAGAUGGCCGCCGACGGGACCCCGGUGCCUGCGGGCGACGUCGACAUGGUGGUGACUAUUACCGGCUUUGAAGACCGCGGCAUGAUCAGAAAUGCGCUUCGAAACCGAGGCAACGUCGAAUCCGUUAUCAAUGAGUACCUCGACGAUCCGGACAAAUUCAGGCGACAGUAUGGUUGGGAUGAGAGUGCGUUCUCGUCGGGUCGAGAAGGCGAAGACGCCUUGAACACCAGCAUCAAUGUCCCUGCCUUUGCCAUACACUCGCCCGUUAUUUACGGAACGGAGCCAUCAUCGGGAUUCUACGGCGCCCCCUCGCGUCCUCCGUCCAGGGCCAAUAACAGAUCCCCGAUGAGCCGUCUGACCGAUCUCACCACCGCCGGCGAGUACACUACCGACGCACCUAGCAACCGUCAAGAGGAGGAAGCACACCUGCAACGCGCCAUCAACGAGUCCUUGAAUACCUCGGUCGUUCCGACUGCCCAAAUGCUGCCGCCCCCUUUUCCGCCCCCGCCACCCCAGCAGUCCGGCGUUACUUCGAGCAGCGGGGAGACCUCGGUCUACUUUGGCCCUGCCAACCGCCCAGACUAUGACCCAGAUGAGUGGGCGAUGGUUCGGUUGGGGAACCAGGAGAGCGAUCCGGAGCCAUCUCUUAGAGCGAGGAAACCGGGGCUGCCCGUUUUCUUGCGCUGUCGCCAGGAGGCAGCGUGGAGCAAGCAUCGCCUCGGGGCGCUCCUGAUGAUAUUCCAGCAGAUCCCCGCCGCGCGCAAUGCGCUGCUCCAGUGCGGCAAGCCCCCCGACUACGGGUACGGCAACAAGAGCGACUGGUGGCAAGGCAAGCCGAUCCUGCCCCCAGGUCACCCGGAGACUGGUGGCUGGGGUAACUCGGCCGUCCCGCCUUGGUCGGAUGAGCUCCACCGCUUAAUGGCCUUCCUCGAGUCUUCAGAUCGUGCCUACGGAACAGCUGACAAUCUUGCGCGUGCUACGGAUCAGGCGGCAAUAGAGACGGGCGACGUAGAGAGGGACUUCUUCCACAGCGUCUGUGUAUCGCAGUCGCCGGGAAGCGGUAACGGGAACAAGGAAGCGCUCAUUUCAACCGUCGAGGCGGUUACACUUGACGACUUGACGCCGCAGGGCAGCGACUGGUUCGGCCUCUUAGAUCUGCUGGUCAGCAAGGACGCCAUCCCGGUACCCAAGAUCAUCUACGACGUUUUGGAUUGGGUGUUUCUCGCCGAUUUGAGAAUGGCAGGGGAGGAUCCGAGCAACGCAAGGAUGGCCUUGGUACAACAGGCCUCCGGGGUUCUGACCUUCCGCUUCCAAGGAGACGACGGGCUCCCCGGGCCAAUCGAAAUGCCCGAGACGUUCUACAUCGAUCGAUACAUAUCCAGGAACGGCCCUCAGAUGCAGGAGUUGCAGAUGGACAUGAUAACACUCUUAACGGCAUACGACGACCUCGUUCAGAGGGAGGAGGCGCUCAUAAGAUGGAUUAACCCCAAAACGAACAAGGCCCAUGACCGCCGGGUCCUAAGCCGGGCCGCCGCGCGCCGCUGCCAGGAGAGGAUAGCCCAGGUCAAAAAACGGGCCUUUUGGAGGGAUCAUGAGCAAGCAGUUGCCAACGGGGACGGAGAAUAUUACCUGCCGGACCACGCGGGCGAACCGCGGCUGCUGCCCGAGGAGGCCAGGGUUGUUGCCCACUACGAGGCUAAGAUACGCGAGCUUGACGAGAGUAUGGUCGAGAUUGAGCGCGUUAUGAACGAGCAGAUUCUUCCGCGCAGGCAGGCUAUCCAGGAGGUUAUGCGCAGAAUGGCAUCGCUGCUUACUGGGCCAUCCCCGGAUGAGAAGUGGAACGCAACACACGCGUACACGCUUCGUGGCGUGGUGAAUGAGGCGAACACGGUUUACCUGCGGAUCCGAGGCCCUGUUGGCGAGCCUCGGUCCGAGUCGGCUGAGAACGACCCCGUACAAGUGGAAGACAGGUGGUGGAAGGUAUCUUUUAAGUCAGAAGACAACACGGUUGAACAGAGCCCGGUGUCGUUUGAAACCGUCAUGCGCGAGGCCUGCGGGGUUGGCAGCUUACCCAUUCUGGUAUACGCGACGGACAAGGCCAUGGAGCAGGAGAAGGUGCCUCUAUCGGAUGCCCUCAGGUCCUUUGUCAAGCUCGACAAUCGGCACUUCAAGAACGAGCUCGCGCAGUCGGCUCGCUUCGGCCAGUCCCCGGAUAAGAAGCGGAGCGCAGUGCUCGGCGACGAUUCACAGUCGAAGAGACUUCAACGGUCGGCCAGCAUGGACUCGCUAGCCACCAACCACGCCUCCGCCGGCGAUUUCGAAGACUUCAUGCGCGACUCGCCAUUCGACAACGACUAUCAUUCCGGCCAAGCCGGUGGAACCCCCGCUCACGAGUCGGCCGGCCAGGAUGAGAGUAUCCCGGAGCUCGUGGAUCCGUCCCCCGUCUGGGCCUCGUCAUCGUCGUCGUCGGCUCCCGAUAACGACGUCGAGAUGCAGACCGGUGAGGCUCCGGCCGUCGACCAUGAGUCGGCGCGGCUUGCUCAGGUGCUACCGCUGCAGGACGUCAAGAUCAGCAACAGCCCGCCGAGGCCGCCCGCGCCGGAGAUGCAGGAGCGCCCGAACGCGCAGCUGCUCAUGGCGCGGCCGACUAACCGCAGCGCUGCCAACGGCGGUGCGGCUUCUGCUGCUGACGACGGUGAGCCGCUUAUUGACUUGAGCAGCGAUCAGAAGGAUGUGGACGCCGGUCUCGGGCCGGCGGCCGACGGCGUUUAGAAGGUCGCUCAGCGGCCUCCGGAACCGGAUCGGUCGCCGCCACGGAUGACGUCCGCCGUGGCCGGCGAGGAGGACCAGCACGCGCUGGCGCCGUGCUUAACGGAGGCGGAGUCAGC